GGGCGGCGGGGGGCGCGCGGGGGCCGCCUCCUCCGCGCGCGGCGGCGGGCGCAGCAUCUCCGAGACCGGGAGGCUGGGAACAAAGGCUCCGCGCCAGCCCCUGCGGCUCCACCUGCCCCCAGCGGAGAUGGCGUCCCUCGGCUUAGGGGGGCUCAACGUGUCCGCCCGCAGGAAGAGCGUCCCGUCGCGCAACGCCGCGGUGGAGAGGCGGAACUUGAUCACGGUCUGCAGGUUUUCAGUGAAGACUCUGAUUGACCGUUCCUGCUUUGAGACUAUAGAUGAUUCUUCCCCUGAAUUUAAUAAUUUUGCAGCCAUUCUGGAACAGAUUCUGAGUCACCGACUGAAAGGUCAGAUCACCUGGUUCGGCUAUGAAAGCCCUCGUAGUUUCUGGGACUACAUUCGAGUAGCUUGUCGAAAAGUCUCUCACAAUUGCAUCUGCAGUAUUGAGAACAUGGAGAAUGUCAGUUCUUCUAGAGCUAAGGGUCGAGCCUGGAUCAGAGUAGCACUUAUGGAAAAACAUUUGUCUGAGUACAUUUCCACAGCUCUGAGAGACUUCAAAACAACCAGGAGGUUUUACGAAGAUGGAGCAAUUGUUCUUGGUGAAGAAGCAAAUAUGCUUGCUGGUAUGCUGUUGGGACUCAAUGCAAUUGAUUUCAGUUUUUGUCUGAAAGGUGAAGGAUUGGAUGGCAACUUUCCGGCUGUCAUAGAUUAUACACCCUAUCUGAAAUUCACCCAAAGUUCUGACAGCAUCAGCAGUGAUGAAGAAGAGCUAAGAACGCUGGGCAGCAGUGGCAGUGAAGGCAGUACGCCAGAGAACAUUGGUCCUCCUUUCAUCAUGGAUGAAAACAGUUGGUACAACAAAUGCAAAAGGGUAGAACAGAAGUAUCGGCUUGCGUUGGAACAGAAGGGUUACCUUGAAGAAUUGGUACGACUUAGAGAAAAUCAGCUGUCUGAAUCUAUCUCACAGAAUAAACUGCUGUUACAAAGAAUUGAAGAUAUGGAUCUAGCCCAUAAAAUGGAGAAGGAGCAGCUGGAAUAUAUCAUUGUGGAACUGCAGGACCAGUUGACUGUGCUAAAGAAUAAUGAUUUGAGAUCAAGACAAGAACUAACUACUCACCUCACCAAUCAGUGGCCUUCCCCAGGAGCUCUGGAUGUCAAUGCUGUUGCCUUGGACACUCUACUCUAUAGAAAGCACAAUCAACAAUGGGAUGAGAAAAGUUUUCAAAGCCUGGACCAACUUUCAGCGGAAGUUAGUCUUUCUCAAACCUCUCUGGAUCCAGGUCACUCACAAGAUGGAAAGCAGGAUGGAAUAAACUUGUUAAAUGAAGGGAAGGAAGACACUCCAUCACUGCUUGGUCUCUGUGGUUCUCUUACUUCAGUAGCAAGCUAUAAAUCUCUCACAAGUCUGAAAUCAAGCGAAUAUCUUGCAAGUCCCACAACAGAGAUGACAAGUCCAGGCUUAACACCAUCUUGAGUAGAUAUACACAACAAGGAAGAGCUUUUGUGUUGUAUGCAUUUGGUUUGUAAUUACAUUCUGCAAUAUGACCCGCAAUGAAGACUGCUAAGUCUAAGUCAAAAAAUAUGCUGCUUUAUUUUUCCUUUUUUUGCACUUACCUGUUUGAUUCACAAAUUCUGUCAGUUUUCAUUCAAACUUUCUUUUCCAGAGGACUUUUUCAAAAUUUCUAUUUAAAUUAUUUAAAACUCACAGUCAAGUACAGGACAUACUUACAAUUUGAUGCUACAACUGAUUUUUAAAAUGAAACAGUUGGAAAUCAGUCCCCUACUUAACUGCCAUGACCUUUCUUCUUCCUUAUAACAGCUAACAGGCUGGCCAUACUCUAACCACGGUGCUUCUUUGCAGUGCUUUAAAUAUCUGUCAACUAUUGCAGAUGAGACAGGGAAUCCUUAACUUCAGUCUUCGUAAGCAAAUAAAUAUUUUACUUAGAAAUACAGCUUUUCAUCUGUGUAUGUUACAUAGGACCUCAAACUGCAUAUUUAACCUAUCAAUAGAUCUUCUCAAGUUGACUGAAUGUUAAAUUUGCAUUCUAGCUAGCAUCAUUACACUUAUGAGCUGUAUGAAUCACACUGAAAAAUCACACCAAAACAUCUCUUCCUGGUUCUUGAAGUUGCAUGAGAAUAACAAAUGUAAAUUGAUCAUCUCAAUCAGGCAUACUUAGUGAUUUGUAAAUGUCGAAGCAGCUCACUAAAUGCUUUUGCGUGACCUGAGUUAGGGAUAGAAUAAGAUCAUAUGAGAAAUGUCUUGGUUUAUUGGCACUGUGUUGCCUUUCUGGAAAGAUGGGGUCUAAGGAUGGUGCGGUUAGCACCUUGGGAAGCUUGGAUUGUGUGUUUAUUGGGAACAUCCCAAGGAGAGUGAAAAAGGGGAAGCAAUGAAAAUGUAAAGACAAUGUUCUCAUGUUAAAGAGUUUUCUCAUUCCUGUAGUAGUGCAAUAGGUAUUUUUCUUGAUUAGGUAAUAUGCUAGAACUUGUUUAAAUCAGUUUUCUCAAAUGAUUUGCCAUUGAUUUAAAUUACUGAUACGAAUUACCUGAGACAUUUUUUUAAAUAAAACAAACUUUACAGAUUACCCUAGAGUUUCAAAGUUUGCAAAUUAAUUUUUGAAUUGCAAACUAUAUUCUUAAUUCUUUGUAAGAUAUAAUGAAUCCUUUAUCUAUGAAUUUUGCUAAUCAAGGUAAUGCAUAUCAGUACGAUUGGUAACUUUUUAAACGAAACUUAAGCGCACGUAUGUUGUAUUUAUAAGUGCUAGGGAAAAUGCUUUUUUGUGCCAAAGAAGUUUCAUAAAUUGUUUACAUGAGUAGCUGCAAUACGAGGAGAUUUUUAAUUAUUGCUUACUUUUAGAUGUUUACAGUCUGUCACUACACUCUGUACUGUUUUAGUUGAUUUGCCUCUUGUAAUGGUACCCUUGGCACUACUACUAUAGUCUGGUCAUUUGAGGGGGAGGGGGAGUUGAAAGAAGGAGAAUCCAUUCUCACCUUUACUAAAAACUACAGGAAUGUUUAGCCCUCGUAAGUAUGGGGCUACAUGUCUCUUGAAGGCAAGGCACUGAUGGAUUUAGCUGCAGGAGGUUCAAGAUACUUCUCCUCAACUCUCUAGUCCAGAGUGCUAGAAGUUACUGCACCCAUGGCAGAGUAAACAACUAUUGAUGCCAUUUUAAUGCGGUGUUUUAAAGCAGCACAGCAAAAUCCACCAGACCUUGUCUUUCAAGCCCUCAUGUACCCACCCAAAUCAAUUAAUUUCUAUGUAAUAAAUUCUGAACAUUAAAUCCUUUCAUACACUGUCAGAAUGUCUAUUACUUCAUGUAAUAGCUUUUUUCAGGUUAUUGCAUCAGGUACCUGUUCUCUCAUGGCAGUUCAGUAGCAUUAUUAAAUACUAAUUUGUAAACUAGAGAUACAUUUUUACUACAAAUACAAUGAGGGAAUCAGGAUUCCAGAAGUUAACAUUC